GUUAAGCGCGCAUUCGGUAAACAUGUCGAAUUUCAAUCGGAUCUUGAGCGGCAGCAUUGUGAUCUGCUUGGCACUUGUCAAAUUUAGUGCGGUGGACGCUCAGGCCGGAACGGUGCACUGGAACAAUGGAAACGCGGCUGGUGUGGGCGCCUUCUCGAAUGCCCAGUCGAGUGGAAUGCAUCCGCCGGGUAGUCUAGGUGGCCAGGAUCCGCAGUAUAGCUACGGGUAUGCCGGAAUCGAUUCCCGGGGUCCCUAUGGCGGAGCGGGUGGCAAUGGAGCUUACUAUGUGAGCGGCACGGACGAGCAUGGUCGCCCCUUCUCCUACGGAAACCAGGCCGGACAGCCGGGACAGCCCGGCUACAUGGGCGUACGGCCCGAUCCCAACUAUCCGGGUUCUUACGGCUAUCAGAGCGCGGCAGCGGUCAUCACCACCCCAGUGGGAGCGGCCUUGACCCUACUAGCACUGGGACUAUCGCUGGCCACCAUGAGACUUUGAUGCGGUUGCACCGCGAGAAAGGUUAAUUGUGUGGAUCGUUUUUUUUUACUUAGUUUCUAAGCUUAAUUUAUGUAUCGUUUUCAAUUAUGUAAAUUUUUCGUUAAAUACAAA